AAAUGAAAAGGUGGGCAACCGACAAGUGGCGGUGAUGGGAGGGGGAAUUCCGGUUUCCUCGUUGACAUCGCCACCAUGGCACGUGGAGAGGAGGGUCUUUUGUAGUAUAAAUGUUAGACACUUGCCGAGUAUGAAAUAGUUUAGCUUUCGGUUUCAGACCAAAUUUGAGAGAGAAGAGAGAUAGGGAGAUGGAGAGUGGAGGCUUCCAUGGCUACAGAAAGCUCUCCAAGACAACCUCUGGAAUGAAGCUGACAGAACCCAAUGAGAAGCAGCCUGAGAGCAAUCAGAUGUCCAACAAUUCAGCCAUGGAAGACACUGAAUGCACUGUGAGGGAACAAGACAGGUUCAUGCCAAUAGCGAAUGUGAUCAGGAUCAUGCGCAAAAUCCUUCCCCCACAUGCCAAAAUCUCGGAUGAUGCCAAGGAAACAAUCCAGGAGUGUGUGUCUGAGUACAUCAGCUUCAUCACCGGUGAAGCCAAUGAGCGGUGCCAGCGCGAGCAGCGCAAGACCAUCACUGCAGAGGACGUGCUGUGGGCAAUGAGCAAACUUGGUUUUGAUGACUACAUGGAGCCACUCACCAUGUACCUCCACCGCUACCGCGAGCUUGAAGGCGACCGUGCCACCAUCAGGAGUGAGCCAGUGGUGAAGAGGAAUGUGGAGUUUGGGGGUCUAAGCGUGGCGGCAUUUGCGCCGGCGUUUCAUAUGGGUCAUCACCAGGGGUUCUUUGGAGCAGCAGCCAUGGGUGGAUACUUGAAGGAAGCUCCCAAUGCAGGCACAUCCCAGGCUGCAGUGGCUAGCUUGGAACCAUAUGCCCAGUACAAAUGAGCUUAAAACAAAAUACUAGCUAGAGAGAGUAGUAGUUUCUAGUGAGGUGAAGGUGAAAAUAAAUGGAAUGUAAUCAAAGGAAAAGAGUUUUUGUUGGGACGGUGUUAUGCAAAAUCAGCUGGGGUUUCCUAGUUGAUCCUCCUAAUUAAGGUCCUUUUGUUAUCUA